AUGAACCACCGGGGAGAGGCCAAGUGUCGGCAAGGCAAGUAUGCGGAGGCCAUCGCGGACUUCGACCAGGCCUUGAAGCUGGCACCGCAAGAUGCCUUCUCGCUGAAGUGGCAGGGAGAGGCCAAGCGUCGGCAAGGCAGGUACGCGGAGGCCAUCGUGGACUUCGAAUUGGCCUUGAAGCUGGCACCGCAAGAUGCCUUCGGACUGAGAGGCCGGGGAGAGGUCAAGCGCAUGCAAGGCAAGUAUGCGGAGGCCAUCGAGGACUUCGACCAGGCCUUGGAGCUGUCGCCAGAAGAUGCUUUGGCAAUGAAAAGCCGGGGAGGGGCCAAGUGCCAGCAAGGCAAGUACGGGGAGGCCAUCGCGGACUUGGACCAGGCCUUGAAGCUGGCGCCAGAAGAUGUCUUCGCGCUGAAGUGCCGGGGAUAUUCCAAGUGCAUGCAAGGCAAGUAUGCGGAGACCAUCGCGGACUUGGACCAGGCCUUGAAGCUGGCACCGCAAGAUGCCUUCGGACUGAGAGGCCGGGGACAGGUCAAGUGUCAGCAAGGCAAGUACGGGGAGGCCAUCGAGGACUUCGACCAGGCCUUGGAGCUGGCACCACAAGAUGCUUUGGCAAUGAAAAGCCGGGGAGAGGCCAAGUGUCAGCAAGGCAAGUACGGGGAGGCCAUCGCGGACUUCGACCAGGCCUUGGAGCUGGCACCGCAAGAUGCCUUCGCACUGAAGUGCCGGGGAGAGGCCAAGCGCAUGCAAGGCAAGUAUGCGGAGGCCAUCGUGGACUUCGACCAGGCCUUGAAGCUGUCGCCAGAAGAUGCUUUGGCAAUGAAAAGCCGCGGAGAGGCCAAGUGCCAGCAAGGCAAGUACGGGGAGGCCAUCGCGGACUUCGACCAGGCCUUGAAGCUGGCACCCGAGUCUCUGCAAAGUCCGCAGAGCCAACCAAAAGCCGCGUGGUUCUACAACCGCUUCCUUGACCUGCGAUCAGUUUCCGGCCAGAUCUCUCGGUGGAGCCGCUGGGCCAUCGUCGGCGCGGGCCCCGUGGGAUUGACCUUGGCCCUAUCGUUGGCAAAAUAUCAGAUAGAUGCUGGGUUAGCAGAGCCUCCUAGAGAGCCUCUUAUCACGGUCUACGAAAGUCGCUGGCUCGUUCAGUCGGAGGGCGGUGGGUGGAAGCGCAAUCCAGCAGGUCGUGCCAGGGACCAGGUGGUAACAGUGCAGGAUGCGGUGGUGCAGCUGUUUUCCGCAGCAGUCCAGACUUGCUUUGAGGGGGAGCGCGUGUGGCUUCACUCCCGGAACGUCCCCGUGGCCGAGAUUGAGGACAAGCUGCUUCGCAAGGCGCAGGCAGCCCCUUUUUCCAAGUAUAUCCGCAUCGAGAAGUCAGAGCGCUUUUCCCAAACAAAAGACCAAGCUGAAUUCAUCCAGGCCUUGCCAGCGGAUUUCAUUGUGGCUGCAGACGGUGCUGCCUCUCUCUCGAGGCGUGCAUUCCCAGACAAGUUCGCGUGCCCACAUUCGAGGGGCUUUAGCAACGAAGAGCAGCGGAUCCGGCUAGCGGAGACAGAAGAGGGCUACACCCAUGCAGACCAUGUCUUGGGCAUCAUUUUGCAGCAAGAUGUUCGCCCUCCCCAGGAGCAGUCCCUGAACGUGAUCUUCACCCUCGCCCAGAACGUCUAUCUCUUGAACUCGCAGAGGGGUUCCAAGGGCUUUCUCAACAUCCGCGUGACGAAAGAGGAGUAUGAUGAGAUUUACCGGGCAACGGGCCAGAGAGGCUGUACUUUUGGAAGCCCCAUCCGGCUCAAGUUGGAGGAGUCUCUCGAUGCUGACGACGUGAAUGCUUUCCAUAAAGUGAAGCUCCCAUGGCUGAGGCGCCGCAUCGAGGAAGGCUUGAAGCUUUUCGGGAUGCGCACAGAACACAUGUUGGGCAUCACGGGCUUUCAGCUGAUGCCGGCCUACGUGCAACACUUCUGCCACGUCCUGCCAGGAGAAGGAUGCUCUGAUCGGCAGCGGCGGGUGCUGCUCCUUGCGGGUGACGCCGCCAUCUCUCACCACUUCUGGCCAGGUCGGGGGCUCAACACAGGCCUGAAGAGCGUGAAGGCCAUCGUCCGCAUGCUGGAGAGUCCGACGGUGGCAGAGGGCUUGCAGCGAUACAACUGCUUCAUGACCAAGCUCCGCCUUCGUGAGAUGCAGGGACGGUCCGGCUCGAUGUUGCAGAAGUCCGUCCAGUUGGGCUGGGGCUCGCAGCUGCUGUCCAAUGCUGCAGACGAUCUGAUGGCAGCUGCCAAGGGCAGUGAGGCGAGCAACCGAGAGCGCUUCCUGAAGCACUGCAAACUGUGGCGCGAUUUCUUGGAAAGAAGUCCAGGGUGGAGUCACGACCCGGUCACAGAUGACGUUUUGCAGACACGGAUCAUGACGGAAGUUGCCAAGCCGAAGGCGCUUGAGUUGCACCUCAUGGUUCGCAGUGCCUUCGACAACGGCGCUGACAGGGCGUCCGGCUGGCCCACUUCACGCCAAGGAGGGCGCGAGGUCGAUCCGGCGGAUGACGAGCACUGGGAGCAGAUGUUCCCUGCCUAUGACAAGCCUGCAAUCAACUCUUACUGUCACUCGGCAUUCGUGCUUGGGCUCGGAGAUCCGCGCACUAACGGGCUGGCGAUGCUGUCGGACAGGAGGCCGCCCCCAGAGGGUGAGGCUGCGGGUGCCGAGGCCCCGAAGGAUGUGAGCUCGACGGAGAGCCAGGCACGCAUUGCUAUUGUUGGUGCUGGCUCCUGGGCACAGGGAUGGCACCUCCCGCACCUGCGAUGCAAUCCAGCUGCACAGCUGGUGGCCAUCGUUGACCCUGCCGAAAGGACCUGGAGCAAAUACAACUUAGACAUGAUGCCAACACCCGAGUUGGCAGCACUCUAUGGAGUGCCUUUGUUCAAAGGCUUUGCCGAGUUUCUGCAGUCAGACAUCGCCAAGACGACGGAUGGUGUCAUCAUAUCCUCCACGCACUCGACCCAUUGUCAACUAGGACUGCAGGCGGCAGCAUCCGGCUUCCACAUCCUUGUGGAGAAGCCGAUGACGGCCAAUGCUGCAGAGGCUGCGGAACUCGCGGCCGCUGCCGAACGACUGAAAUCGUUGGGGAAAGCCUUCAUGGUGAACCACUCUGCCAACUUCACACGCCACGCAGUGCGCGCCCGUGAGUUGGUGCAGAGCCACCUUGGGGAGAUCGAGCACGUGACCUGCUACAUGAUCAGAGAGCGGGAGUUCUUCGAAGACCCGGAGAAUCGGCUUUGGGUGGCCGCCGAGGGGUCCAUGACUGGAAAUGGGUUUGCUUGGGGGCAGAGCUGUCACACCCUGGCCUGGGUUUACAGGGUCACCGGGCUAGAGCCCGAAAGCGUCUUCUGCAAGAUGACCUACUCCAAGAAGACGGGCGCGGACAUCUUCACGUCGGCGCUGAUCCAGUGCACCAAUGGAGCCACGAUCUGCUGCCAGGGCCUGGCCGGUUUGCCGGGUGGCAAUGCCGUCGGUUCCGCGUCCAAGAAAGGCAAGCUGAUCGAGAACAAGAUCUUUGGCUCGGAGGGGUGCUUGCUCUACAGCGGAGAUGAUGCGGAUCCUGGCUCUGGCAAGCUGGAGCUGCUCCUAGAGAAUGGGAAGGUGGUAGUCGAGGACGGCUUCUUCUUUGAGAACACCUCGAAGGAGGGCCAUGGACCCGAAUCUCUGCAGUCCUUCCUGGCCGCUUGCAAAGGCGAGGACGUGAUCAAUGCCGCCGAUGCGACGAUCGGGCGGCUGGUGGUUGAAACCAUUGAUGCCAUGUACAAGAGCGCCAAAGACGGCUCAGUGGUGAAGAUUUAA